AUGAAUCAAUCGUUUGUACCGGCGACUGCGGCGAGAAUUUUCAUUUGUGACAUUUGUGCGAUGCAUCGGUCUACUAUUACUCCGCGUACUCCACACUCUUCGCAAGAAAACUUGUCCGUGCAAGAUCCAAAAAUGGCAAACAUUACUCUUGAGGAUCUUAUGGGUCAAUUACAGCGUUCGAGUGCUUCCGUCGAUAGCAAAUUAGGGUGUAUACAGAAAACGCUAUCAGGUGUCGAAAAGAACAUCGCUGAUUUGCGCGCUGACGUGUAUAAUCUAUCUGUUUCGCACGAUGAGAUGGCAAACCGAAUCUCUGAUCUUGAAGCCACCGCUCAAAAUGCUCACUCAGUAUCAAAAGAAGUAAUGACUGAAAAUAUUACCAUCAAAAAUCAAAUUUUUGAGAUUACAAACCGCUUAUCUGUCAUCGAAUCGCACAACACAGCAGGUAAAAUCACAUUAACAGGCAUACCCUCGUCGGUGACUGAUUCUCCUGACAUUAUCGCGCGCAAAAUCUUUGAUGCCUUGAAAAUCCCAGAACUCAUUGGUGAUGUUCUCGACAUUCGCAAUCUCACCAAAAAAUCAACAAAGGAACAGGGAAGCCGUCCCUCAACAUCUGCUGCGACCCCCUCUGCAUCUCGCGCUUUUAUUAUAACGUUAAAAUCGGCUAUGAUUAAAGACUUUAUCAUUAGUAAGAAACGAGAAAAAAAAGAUCUCACUGUAAGGGAAGUCUUCUCUCUGAAUUCGUCCGGUAAAAUAUUUUUAAAUGAGUUUUUACCUCCUAAUAUUUAUAAGUUACUGCGUCAAACUAAAGCCAUGGCUUUGCAAUUGCAAUAUCAAUAUGUUUGGCCGAAAUCAGGUGGCAUAUGCGUUCGUAAAACCGACGGCUCUCCGGUUAUAACUAUUGGCUCUGAGAUCGAUCUUGCGAAGCUCACCUGA